ACCGGUGGUGGGGUGAGUGGGAGGGAGGCUGGCCAUGUAGGGCCGCUGCCUUGGCUGCGGGGCUGGCAUCAGGUCCUCUUCUUCCCUCACCUGCUCCUGGUACACAUUUUCCUCCAAGCUGGGGCCAGGAGGGAGGAGGUGGUGUUGUGGACCUUACAGGUGUCUGCUGCUAGCCUGGGGUGGGCAGAGUGAUCCUUUAGGCUUGGGUGCCUCCAGCUCCCACUCCUCUUCAGCUCCCUCCUGGCGAAAGGCUCCUGUGGCACUGCCUUGUGCCCUCAGCGUAGCACCCAAUCUCUCACCAUAGGACUGGCACUGCCACUGCUCUGAGUAUUUCAUAUCUGCAUCUUUAAUAAAGGUUAUUCCUCUAAAUAGUUAACAUCUGCAUUUCUUCAUUAAAGGUCCGAGAGUUUAUUUCAAGCUGUUCUUGUUGCUUGGUGUCAGUGGCACCUUCGAUGCUCUUAGGUGGGGGAGGCAAGUGCAGAGACACGUCUCGGCUCUGACACUUGAGUCUCCAAGAUGCAGGACUGGCUGAACAGCUGUCGUUUCUGUAAUUGAUGGAGACGGGUAUCGGCGUGAGUAGGUGGGGGCAUCAGCUGUGUUCUUGGCUGCUGGUUCAAGUGACUUCGGCUGAACUCUUGAACCUUUCUUGCCCUCCAGUUCUUAUCCUAAAAAUGGAUGUAAUGCUUGUGCGGUGGUCAGCUGACUUUGGUUGAAGCUCCUGAAGCACUGCGGGGGCAGCCAAAACCAACCCCCGCCGGCCCACGGAGCAUGACGAGUCCUGACAUGGCCCAGCGGUUGCUCAUCCAGGGCUGCCUCGCCUUUAUCAGCUCUCUUGCUGCAUGCGCUCUUUUCCUGGCCUGUCCUUUAACCAGCAGAAAUGCGGAAAAACCAGUUCUGUGGUUAAUUGCUGCACUUCCCUCCACGCCCAAGGGGCAGGUCUCCUCCUCCUCCUCCUCACUCACAGUCUGGGCGCACUUCAGCCUCCAGCCUCUUUGCCCCUGCAGUCGUGCUUGGCUGGUUCAGGUGUGCUGUCAGGCCUCCACACUUCUUCCAUUAACCUUACGGCUUCUGCCUUCCCCUUUUUCCUCUGUCUGCAAGAGUUUCUGGGUCUCUGGUGUCUCCUUCUCCCCUGGGCAACGCAGUGGGUUGGCCCACAGGUGCAGAAGGUGCAGGCAGCUGCCCUCCUGGCCCUGACCUGCCCUGCCCAGAGGAAUAGCAUUUGGACAUGAUGGCUGGAGGCAGCGAGAGGAGCAUGAAGGCCCUGAAGGAGGUGUGGAGAAGGGCAGAAAACUCUUUGUGUGCAGACUGUGGGAAGCCAGAUCCUGACUGGGCAUCCUCUACUUUGGGUGUCUUUAUAUGCCUCAGCUGCUCAGGAAUUCACCGCAACAUCCCUAGCAUCAGCAAAGUAAAAUCCCUGAAGAUGGAUCACUGGGAUGAUGCUCAGGUGCAGUUUCUGGCCAAGCAUGGGAAUGCUGUGACUAAAGCCACAUAUGAAGCUCACAUCCCUAUUUACUAUUACCAGCCAACCUACAAUGACUGCCAAGUGCUGAGAGAACAGUGGAUACGGGCCAAAUAUGAACGCAAAGAGUUCACGGAGCCAGGAAAACAGCUGCCAUAUUCUGAUGGGGUGAAGGAAGGCAUCCUCUGGAAGCGAGGCCGAGACAACGGGCAGUUCCUACCCCGCAAGUUCCUCUUGUCUGAGAGAGAGGGAUGCCUGAAGUAUUUCACGAAGCAGGAUGCCAAAGAACCCAAAAUCAAUGUUAAAAUAGAUGUCAUCAAUGCUACGUUCCAGCCAGUGAAGAUUGGGAACCCCAAUGGCCUGCAGAUCACUUAUCUCAAAGACAACAAGACCCGGAAUAUAUUUGUCUACCAUGAAAGUGGAAAGGAGGUAGUGGACUGGUUCAAUGCCAUUCGCUCUGUGCAGUUCCAUUAUCUGAAGGUAGCAUUUCCCAUUGCCAGUGAUAAUGAGAUCAGAAAUCGGCUGACAAGAAACUUCCUGAAGGAGGGAUACAUGGAGAAGACUGGUCCCAAGCAGAGAGAGGCUUUUAAGAAGCGCUGGUUCACGCUGGAUCACCGCAGGCUCAUGUACUUCAAGGACCCUUUGGAUGCAUUUGCUAAGGGUGAGGUAUUUGUGGGCAGCAGAGAGAAUGGCUAUAGCGUCCAGAAGGGAUUGCCUUCGGGGACACAGGGAAACUUCUCUUGGCUCUAUGGCCUCACGAUUGUCACCCCCGACCGGGAAUACCUCUUCACCUGCGAGACGGAGACUGACCAGCUGGACUGGAUCGCAGCCUUCACUAGUGUCAUCAACCAGGCCAUGACGCCACAGGAAUAUGCAAUUGAAGCCUACUUCAAGUUUAAAUCCUAGAAGACCAUGUGGGAACCUCAUUAUGACUCAACUCCACCUGGUCCUGUUGGGUGGGCUGUCAGGAAAGGAGAGGAUAUCAACAUCAGAGAAACACAGUGCUCUUGAAGCACUCUUUGAAGCACUUUUUUUCCCUAUAGACGGUCCACUUUGUUCUGGGAGCCAAAUUAAGCUGCUUCCUUUCAAGUGCAAGAUUUUGUGAGUCUGAAUCCUCAGUGCAAACCUGUCACUGUUAAAUUGCUGUGAUCUGACUGGAUGCUGGCAGGCCUUGCCUGUCAUUUGAGCCUUGAAAACUUGGCACUUGCUGUGUUGGAUGUGGGACUUAGCAUCACUCCUGCAUGAAACUGCAGACAGCCACCUACCUUAUGGGAGAAAACAGCUGCCUGGCUUGAGCUCCACCCCAAUGGGUUGUGGGGGCUGCUAGACCAGGAGAGACUGUUCCUUUACAAGAAAUGGCUUUUCUGCUGGCAACAGAGAUAUGAAACAUCUAGAUGUUUGAUCAGUUGGAGCUGUAGUUGAGAAAGGUCACGUAAAAGAUUUAAUCUAACAGCCAAAUUUGAGGCCUGCUUCUUCCUACGUGUAUGGGCUUGAAAGAUUCUUCAGGCCACAUUUGCGUAGAGACCUUCUUCUGAUUCCUACAGGGAAGAUUAAGUGAUCUGCUCAAAACCAAUGUGCGUGUAUACAUUUGUGUAUGUCGAUAAUGUGGGGGUGUGUGUGUGUGCAACAAAAAGUGGUGGGAGGUGGAAUACUGCCCUAGGGAAGAUGCUGUGAGGGAUAUUCAUGCCACUGAAGUUCAGCUUUCAAAUUUGAGUCUCUAGCCAAACCAAUGGAGAGAUGUUGGGUCCUGCAGAGCACAGCUUAUGGCCUGUCUGAUACAGAGUUCAGACUUUCUGUUGUCUUUACUAGAGCCAGGGGGUUGAUGUCUGAAGAUAGUAGCACAUGGAUCUCUGCUCCCUCCUCUGUAUGUCAAAGGCCUGGCACUUUCAUUCUGCCCUAUACAUUACAUAUGUAUAUAGUGUAUAUCACAUAUACAUAUAGUUUUAUGUAGUAGUAUAACAGUGAAGUAGGCAUGUUCAUGUCCUUUUAGUAACAGUUAGUCCUAACCACUAAAUUAACCCAUGAUUCAUAUCUUAAAGAUAAUUUUUUCAAGCUCUCCUGGGAGAGCUGUGUUUCACGUGCUGGAAGCACCAGCUGAGAUCUGCUGCUGACUGUAGCAUCUGAUGUGUCCGCAGUUUUAUGCAGGCAGUAUGAGAGUAGUCAUCUUACAUGUUAAGGGGAACAAACUGGAAUUAAUGAAGCAAACAGUGUUUUAAUUAGCUCCUAAAGAAAUGCAUUAAAAGAGCCCAUUGUAAUUUAUUUUAACUUCCUAAAUGAGCUGAGCUGCUAACUGCUAAGGCAUGAAGUAAUUUAUUGAAAAAAAGCAUACAUAUUCAGAGCAAGGAGCCACAGCUAUUCAUUGCAUUUCCCAGGGCAUGUGGACUGUGAAUCUUCCCAUCAGAGCCAAAUGGGCAAAGUCAUGGUCCCCCUCUGCUUCUCUGGGGACCCUUCUCUAUGCUGAGACCACCAUGAGUUGGGAGCAUCAACUUCCUGGAUGAGAAGCAGCAUCACUCAUCCUGCUGCCAUGGCACAAUGGAGCAUUCCACCUAACAGUAUAUUUUCACUGCAGUUUGCUGAUCUCUCCCAGUUAGGAGCAUGACUUGCUUAAAAACUGAAAGCCUUUGCAAUGCUUGUGUUCCAAAAAGAAGUGCCUUUUGGUUCUGAUAACAUGAAAAAGGGGCAGUCCAUUAAAGAAAAGCUUACGCUCCAUCUAAACAACCUGCACAUUCAGCUUUCCUCUGGGAAGAGGAGUAACAGAGAGUGACCCAGACAUGCCAAGAGCUGACAGAUAUAACUCAGAGGCCUCUCACGUUGCCUCUGUCAAUGCCCUGUGUACUACAUGCCCGCUCAUGUGGCAUGAUCAUGCUGAAGCUGUUGCUGUGGCAUGCAGUACAUUGCUUGGGAAGGAUCUUGGAUCCUGGUGGAGUGUGGGCAGUACUGAUGGGAUGCUUCCUUCUCCUUUUCACUGCUGAGUUAUCACUGCUGUAGAUGAGUGGAGGCGUUUGACUCAGCCACAGUGAAGCUAAUACGCUACAAUGCAAAGAGUGUGGCUGGAGUGGCCUGAAACCCCCUGUGAACUAAGAGCAGAGCACAUUUAGUAAUGGUGCAUCUGUCUCUGCUCUGCUCUGCAAAUUCUGUCCCACCGUGUCUGUUCCUUGAGAUGAAUGAGGCUCAGAGGUAGGGUAGCUUUGGGUGCAGAAGGGUGGGGGCACAGGUGUCAUGCAGUGAUGCCCCGCUAGAAGGCAAUGGUGCCUACCUAACAAGCUAGUGCUCCCUGCUCUGAGGUGAGGCAGCAGGUCCUGGUGGUUGGAGGGAAGGAGGGGGAAAGCUUAGAGAAGGAGGAUGGUCUCUGGGGAGAGGGAGGAAAGAAGGGCUCUAAAAUAUCCAGCCCUCUUGAGUCUCUAGGAGCUUGCUGCUUAUUGGGUGACAAGGGUGGAACA